AUGGCAGGUGUGUUUGAUAUCGACCUAGACCAACCGGAGGAAAAUGUCUCUGACGAUGAGCUUGAGGAAGCGGCUCAAACCAACGAAUGUAUGGAACAGUGCAGCGGAUUUGAAUUUAAUAUGGAUGACUGUGAGAAGUUUGAAAUCUCAGAGGACAGUGUCAAUAAAGGCGCUGAACAGAUUCGACCUGAGUGCUUUGAACUGCUCAGAGUCUUGGGAAAAGGAGGCUAUGGGAAGGUGUUUCAAGUUCGAAAGGUAUCUGGAGCCACCUCCGGAAAAAUAUUUGCCAUGAAAGUUUUGAAAAAGGCCAUGAUUGUACGCAAUGCGAAGGACACAGCCCACACAAAGGCUGAACGGAAUAUUCUGGAAGAGGUGAAGCACCCGUUCAUUGUGGACCUCAUCUAUGCUUUCCAGACCGGUGGCAAACUUUACCUCAUUCUGGAAUACCUCAGCGGUGGAGAACUCUUCAUGCAGUUGGAGAGAGAAGGCAUCUUUAUGGAGGACACAGCCUGUUUCUAUCUGGCGGAGAUUUCCAUGGCCUUGGGUCACCUCCAUCAGAAAGGCAUCAUCUACCGGGACCUCAAACCUGAAAAUAUCAUGCUCAAUAACAACGGUCACGUGAAGUUGACUGACUUUGGACUCUGCAAGGAGUCGAUCCACGAUGGCACUGUGACUCACACCUUCUGUGGAACCAUAGAAUACAUGGCCCCAGAAAUCCUGAUGAGAAGUGGACAUAAUCGGGCUGUGGACUGGUGGAGUCUGGGAGCGCUGAUGUAUGACAUGCUGACAGGCGCGCCUCCUUUCACCGGUGAAAACCGUAAAAAGACUAUUGACAAAAUCUUGAAGUGCAAACUGAACCUUCCGCCUUACCUCACACAAGAAGCCAGGGAUCUGCUGAAGAAGCUACUAAAAAGAAACGCAUCGCUGCGUUUAGGAGCCGGGCCAGGAGACGCAUCUGAAGUACAGAGCCAUCCCUUCUUUCGAUACAUUAACUGGGAUGAUCUCCUCGCUCGCAAAGUAGAACCUCCGUUCAAGCCUUUUCUGCAAUCAGCAGAUGAUGUCAGCCAGUUCGACUCCAAGUUCACGAGCCAGACGCCAGUGGACAGUCCGGACGACUCCGCCCUGAGCGAAAGCGCUAACCAGGUCUUCCUGGGGUUCACAUAUGUAGCCCCGUCCGUGCUUGAAAAUGUGAAGGAGAAGUUUUCGUUUGAGCCAAAAAUCCGCUCACCUCGAAGGUUUCUGGGAAGCCCGAGAACACCAGUGAGCCCUUUGAAGUUUGAAACGGGGGACUGUUGGCCCAGGGGGCCUGCUUUACCUUGCGGGACGCCUGCUCUACUGUCUCCCGGUGAGCAGCCCAUGGAGGUGUCCGGCGUGGAACACAUGGACGUGAGCUCCGGCACCGAAGCAUCCGCCCCUCUCCCCAUCAGACAGCCGCUGGGUUCCACCAUGAGCACCUUCAAAACGCAACCCUAUCCAGUCAUCUCCAAACGACCCGAGCAUCUACGCAUGAACCUAUGA